AGCAAUAUGUAGAGAACAGGUGAGACGUCGCCAUCUCUCCAUGUUUCUGUUAAACGUCAAGUCGAGAGACUCGAGACCCCUAAACAGAGACUGAAAGUUGUAAACUCAAAAAAAAAAAAAAAAAAAAAAAAAACAUAAAAAAAAUCCAUUACAUUGAACACAUAAUUCCAAAUUUUGAUUCCUUUGAAGUGGUGGAUAUAUUCAAAUUUUCAUUCCCAGUUUCGAAUGCCACCGCUUAUGGUCAACGGUAGGCGAGGCAGUCACAACUCGCAACCAUAAAAUCACGUCAUCAUCUUCCUUUAAACCUUGUUCUCCUUCCAGAAACCCUAGCUAAUCAGUUUCCUCAGCUAUCCUUGCGGUUUCUUUCCUCUCUAUUAUUCUUCUUCAGAGAUGAUCGAAGCAGUAGAGGACCGUGAAUUCCCGAUUGAGUUUAGGGCAGUACAGUCUCUAGGGUUGGGGUUUGAUCUUACCAAUGAUUUUAGGUUGAAGUUCGCUAAGGGGUAUUCAGGUGAACGAUUGGUGGUCGUCGAUGAGGUGAACACUAGGGACAUUGUGAUUCCUGGUGGGAAGACGAUUAAGAGUGUUUCGAAUGAUAUCAGGUGUGAUAAAGGAGAUACUGUUCGGUUCAAGUCAGAUGUACUCGAGUUCAAUCGGAUGUCAGAGUUGCUCAAUCAGAAAUCUUCGAUCCAAGGGAAGGUUCCUUCUGGAUAUUUUAAUUCUAUUUUUGAUUUAAGUGGAGCCUGGUUGCAUGAUGCCACAGACACUAAAUAUCUCGCUUUUGACGGUUACUUCAUCUCAUUGUAUUAUUUGCACCUAACGGCAUCUCCAUUAGUUCUCCAAGAGAAAGUAAAGAAGGCUGUCCCGUCUAACUGGGACCCAGCAUCGCUAGCUAGAUUUAUCCACACAUACGGGACACACAUAAUUGUAGGAAUGGGGAUUGGAGGUCAGGAUGUAGUUUGUGUUAGACAGAAAGCCUCUUCAUGGGUUUCUUCUGUUGAUCUCAAAGGAUAUUUGGAGGAUCUUGGAGAUCACUUAUUCUCAGAUGGAAGGAGCUCUUCACCACUAAGGAAAAUCAGAGAUGUGAAGCAACAGGUUCCAGAGGUAUUCUACCGUAUCUUGCAGUCAAAUACCAUGCAGUUAACCAGCAUUUCAGAAUCAUCAAGCAAGGAUGGCCUCACCAUCAUUUGCUCCAAAAGGGGAGGGAUUGCGCACUUGCAAAGUCACCACAACUGGCUCCAAUCGGUUCCUGCUAACCCAGAUGUCAUACUCUUCAAGUUUGUGCCUAUUACUUCUCUUCUGAUUGGGAUUCCGGGCAGUGGCUAUCUAAGUCAUGCAAUCAAUCUUUAUCUACGCUAUAAACCCAAACCAGACGAUUUACGGUACUUUUUGGAGUUUCAAGUCCCUCUUCAAUGGGCACCUAUGUUUUCUGCACUGCCUCUUGGGCCUCAAAGAAGAAACUUUUCCAGUCCUUCCUUGCAGUUUUAUAUCAUGGGUCCCAAGCUUCGUGUCAGCUCCAGCCAGGUGUCAAGUGAUCGGAAGCCAGUGACUGGUCUACGUUUGUAUUUAGAAGGAGAAAAAUGCAACCGCUUAGCUUUACACUUACAGCAUUUGUCGAGUGUCCCAAAUAUUUUAGAAUCUUUAUGGGCAGCUUCCACCACGUCAAGGCCAUGUCAGUGGAGAGGGUCAGACAACUAUGAGAUGAACAGUCAAUACUUGGAGCCAGUCAAAUGGAAGAGAUACUCAAACAUAUGCACAGUGGCUGUCAAGCACGACCCUAAGUGGUUGCAGGGUGAAAGGGAUGGUGUUUUUGUGGUAACAGGUGGCCAGCUUGUCACCAAAGGGAAGUGGCCAAAGAUGGUGCUUCAUCUUCGACUACUUUUCACCUACCUGCCCAACUGCACCAUCCGGAAAACUGAGUGGGCUACUAUACCAGCUGUUUCUCAUAAAUCGAGCUUUCUUGCAAGCUUUAGUACAACCUUCCUGCAACGUGAAGUGGCUGGACCUCCAAAGCAAGUGCCCGCUGCACUGAACUCAGGUGUAUACCCUGAUGGUCCACCAUUGCCUGCUAAUGCUCGUAAGCUAUUACAGUACAUUGAGACAGCAGAGGUAGUGCGGGGUCCUCAUGACAUCCCAGGACAUUGGCUGGUAACGGCUGCGAGGCUUGUAAUGGAAGGUGGCAAGAUUGCUUUGCAAACCAAGUUUGCGUUGUUAAAUUAUCCCUUGUAAGGAAAUGUUAAUGUAUAUAUGAAAUGGUUGCAUUAAUCAAUGUUUUAUUUGGUUGUUUUGUUCACUGUCAUUGUAUUUAGUGGGCUUUAAUAACGAUCGGUAACAAUGGAGAAACCAGUACACAAAAGUGAUGAGAAUUUUUUCUUUCUCAUUUUGAUUACCUCUACUGAAGUAUCAACUACAUUGUUGGAUUAAUGGCAAGAUCUGAUGUUAUGAAGGGCUUUUGUGGACAGCUGCUCCUGGAAGAAUCUCCUAGAUGAAACCAAGGUACCUAUAGCUGAUGCUCUGGACUGAAGAUGCUGGAAUUGACACAACCUUCUUCCCUUAUUGUGCACUCACUAAGUUUUGUAAUCUCUUGUAUAUCAAAUCUCUCUAUAUAUGACAAUAUAGACAGUCCCAAUAAGUAAUGGUUUUUUCCCA